AUGCACCACUUGACACACCUUUCUGCAGUUGGGCUACAAAAGCCAGUGGCCACGUCAAGUGCCAUUGUUAUGAGAGAAGAACAAGAGAGCACGCCUUCUGUGGACACAACAACACCAGCACUGGACCAUCGAAGACUAGAAAAAGAUUGCUUGCUGGAAUGCUUGUUUCUUCCUGCUGUAAAGCAUAAGCGCGAGGAUUUAGAAGAGCAGGCUUGGACAAUGCCUUCUGAGAUAUGCCUCAGUGUUCAAGAGAUGCUUACAGGCCAGAGGCUUUGCCAAUCAGUAUCACACAAAGAUGUUGUACUGUCUGCUUUAAACCAGCAGAGGAAUGAUGGGAUUCUAUGUGAUGUCACACUUGUUGCCGAAGAACAGAAAUUCCACGCACAUAAGGCAGUGCUAGCAGCUUGCAGUGAUUACUUUCGAGCAAUGUUUAGUUUGUGCAUGGUUGAGAGUGAAGCUGAUGAAGUCAAUUUGCAUGGAGUUACCAGCAUUGGUUUAAAACAGGCCCUGGAUUUUGCAUACUCUGGACAGAUUCUCUUGGAACCGGGAGCAAUUCAAGAUGUGUUGGCAGCUGGCAGCCACCUUCAACUACUUGAGCUGUUGAAUCUGUGUUCACAGUAUCUUAUCCAGGAGCUGAAUAGCUUUAAUUACUUGGACCUGUAUAAACUUGCUGACCUGUUUAACCUAUCGUUACUGGAGAAAGCAGUGGUGGAUUUUCUCGUAAAACACUUUUCAGAGCUUCUAAAAAGUCAUCCGGAAGAAGUACUUGCUUUGCCCUUCCGUCUUCUAAGAGAUGUUUUGAAGAGAGACCAGUUAACUUCACUUAGCGAAGAACAAAUUUGGCAGUUGGCUGUUAGGUGGCUGGAGCAUAACUGUCGUUACCAAUAUAUGGAUGAACUUCUGCAGUAUGUGCGUUUUGGUCUAAUGGAUAUGAAUACACUUCAUACGGUGGCUCUUUCUCAUCCCUUAAUUCAAAGUAGUGAAACUGCAACAGCACUUAUCAAUGAAGCCUUGGAGUAUCACCAAAGUAUCUAUGCACAACCAGUAUGGCAGACCAUACGAACGAAACCGCGGUCCCAAUGCAAAACACUUUACAUUGUUGGAGGCAAAAAGAGGGAAAUCUGUAAAGUUCGGGAACUUAGGUAUUUUAACCCAAUGGAUCAGGAUAAUGUUCACAUUGCAGGAAUAGCAAACUGGAGUGAGCUAAAUCCCAUGCCUGUAGGACGCAGCCAUCACUGUGUAGCUAUUAUGGGGGACUUUCUGUUUGCAGCAGGUGGUGAAGUGGAACAUCCCACAGGUCGCACCUGUGCCGUAAGAACUGCCUGCCGAUAUGACCCUCGCAGUAACACUUGGAUAGAAAUUGCUCCUAUGAAAAACUGCAGGGAACACUUUGUCCUUGGAGCAGUGGACAAUUGUCUUUAUGCUGUGGGAGGCAGAAAUGAACUGCGACAGGUUCUACCCUCUGUAGAGCGCUAUUGUCCCAAGAAAAAUAAAUGGUGCUUUGUACAGUCCUUUGACAGAUCGCUUUCAUGCCAUGCAGGAUGUGUUGCUGACGGCCUUCUUUGGAUAUCAGGUGGAGUGACUAAUACUGCACAGUACCAAAACAGAUUAAUGGUAUACGACCCAGCGCAGAAUGAAUGGAUCAGUCGUAGUCCUAUGUUGCAGAGGAGAGUUUAUCAUGCUAUGGCAGCUGUCCAAAGGAAGCUUUAUGUACUGGGUGGAAAUGAUUUAGACUACAAUAACGAUCGGAUCCUAGUGAGGCAUAUAGAUUCAUAUAACAUUGACACAGACCAAUGGACACGCUGCAACUUCAACUUACUCACAGGGCAAAAUGAAUCUGGAGUUGCUGUGCAUAAUGGAAGAAUUUAUUUAGUUGGAGGCUACUCAAUCUGGACAAAUGAGCCUUUGGCGUGUAUACAGGUGCUGGAUGUGAGCAGAGAAGGCAAAGAAGAGGUGUUUUAUGGGCCUACAUUACCUUUUGCUUCCAACGGAAUAGCAGCAAGCUUUCUUCCAGCUCCAUAUUUUACCUGCCCCAAUCUUCAAACUCUGCAAGUUCCUCAUCAUAGGAUAGGCACAAUGUGAAAUGUGAAAGAUGUUAUCAUUUGUGUGAAGAAAAAUACAAGAGACUUUUAAAUGCCCAGAACUUAUCCUGUAAUGCUGGAGAAGUCACUUCAUAUAGUUGCUCCUCAUGUAUCAAAAAUUAGAUUGUAUGGUUUUUCAGGACAGGGAUUCUUCGUGCCUGAAAAUUAUAGUUAGUACUGCAUAUGUUAUCAGUGCUAUAUCAUUUUUAUGUUGGAAUGAUCAAUUAAAGAAAAAGAAUGCUGAA